AGUAAAGCACAUGCCUGUCCAAGAUGCUUUGGAGACCUUGAAAACAUUACAGUAGUGCUCUCAUUUGUACGCCAAAACAUGUCUAGGAGGCUUAUUCACCCCUUGUACCAGCUGGGGAACCCUCAGCUCCGGGUCUUCCGCCCCGGCUGGUUCCUCACCCUGGUUCGGCCCGGCACCGAGCAGCCAAAGGACACCGCACAGUUCCGUGUGCCCAUGGAAAUGACCAAGUAUGAUGUGAGGAACUAUCUUCAGAAGAUCUACAAUGUCCCAGUUGUUACUGUACGCACCAGAAUCCAGUUUGGCUCCAAUAAGAAGAGGAACCACCUCAACCAGAAAGUUAAGCAGCCCGACUACAAAGUAGCCUACGUACAACUGGGUGAGGGCCAGGAGUUUGAGUUCCCCAACAUCUUCCCGGAGAAGGACACCAAGGCAGCUGAAGGUUCCAUGGACGAAGUUCAGGAGCAGUUCAUGGAGGAUGAGAGGCAGCGGCAGAAGUCGGACCCGCGCAGGGGGGGCGUCACAGAGUGGUUUGGCCUGUAAAGGGACUUCACUGAGUAGCCUGUAGGGGGUGGGGGUGUCAUAGAGGAGUUUGUGUGUGUUUGAGUCGAUUCACCUUACCAGUUUUGCCACAUGAUGGUAUUAGUCACUGUUUCCGAUAGGCAAUUCCAACCAGGAAAUCUACAGUUUACAUGCUUCAAAUCCAUUGAACUGUAAGCUGCUGUCUGCAUACAAUUCCAGUCACUGGCUCUACCUGGCUGUCUUGGUGAUCCUGUCAUGUCCCUUCUCCUUGACUGCAGCAGACCGCUCCUGACCUCUCACCCCCCUCCUCUCUUUAUACACAUCUCUCUCUCACUCUACACACACAUCUCUCUUCCCUCUGUUCUCCCCUUCUCUUCUCUUUCAUUUGCUCUCCUUUUUCUCAUUAACUUUCUUUCUCACUCAGCCUCUUGCUCUCUCUCUCUCUCUCUCUCUCUCUCUCUCUCUCUCUCUCUCUCUCUCUCUCUCUCUCUCUCUCUCUCUCUCUCUCUCUCUCCCCUCAUUCGCUAAACCCUAACUUCUACUUCUGAGCCCACCAACUUUGACAAACAGGACAAACAAGUGAAAGUUAUCCUUUGAAAACUUCAAAUGCUCGGGGGAUUUAGGCUAAUGCUGGUCAUUUGUGUGUGUGUGUGUUUGCGUGAGUGCGUGCACUUGUGUGUGUUUGUGUGUGUGUGGGUGUGUGUUGUGUUGUGUUCCUGCACUGCAUUGUAUUGUAUUGUAUGUGCUGCAUCUUUUCUAAUAAAGGCAUUGUACAUACC